GGAGCCCAGCGGGGAGUCGCUGGUGUCCAGGCUGGAGGUGGUGACCCUGCCCUCCCGCCUGCCUGAGGACCUGCCUGUGAGAAGCUGUGCCCGGGAGCUCCAGCUGCCUGUUCACGAGUGGCCACGCACGGGACCUGUGGGGCAGUUUGAUGUCGGUGUGGUGGCAUCAUUUGGACGUCUCCUAAGCGAGGACCUGAUUCUGCAGUUCCCAUAUGGCGUGCUGAAUGUUCAUCCCAGCUGUCUCCCGCGUUGGCGUGGGCCUGCACCAAUAGUCCACACGGUGCUUCACGGUGAUAAAGUGACAGGGGUGACAAUUAUGGAAAUACGACCAAAAAGGUUCGAUGUAGGUCCAAUUAUUAAGCAAGAAGAGAUUGGUGUUCCUCCCCACUGUACUGCAAAGGAGCUGGAAGGGAUAUUGUCCAAGAUGGGUGCAGACAUGCUGAUAGCAGUUUUGAAAAACUUGCCUGAAAGUUUAAAAAAUAAAAAAGAGCAGCCAAAAGAAGGAGUAACAUUUGCUCCUAAAAUCUCUAUAGCUAGGAGUUGUAUAAAAUGGGAAGAGCAAACGGCUGCACAAAUAAUUCAACUGCAUCGUGCAAUAGGAAGUAUGUUUCCUUUGCAGACGCUGUGGAAAGGUACUACCAUUAAACUUCUGGAUUUUGUGGAAGUGGAUAAUAUCCCUGAUUUUGACGAUCAAACACUAAAUGACUGUGGAGCUGUUCCUGGUUCCCUGAUAUACCAUAAAGUGUCCCGAACGCUGGUGGCUCGUUGCAAGGAAGGCUGGGUUGGGAUGAAAACAGUUGUAUUAAAGAAGAAGCUGACAGCAGCUGACUUCUACAACGGAUAUAUGCACUCCUGGUUCCAGCAGAACUCAAGAACAGUUAAUCAGGAAUGCAGAUUUCAAACGCUCAAACUUAGCACGGCAAAAAAGACUCCGAAAGAGAGGGGAAUAUUGGCACAGGAUAUAAAACAAUAGCUGUAUUUUAAGAUGUGGAAGGUGUCUGUAAGUUAAUAAAAUACUUCAAUGCUCACCGGUAACAUUCAACUUAGUUCAGGGGUUUCCUCCCAAACUGUUUGACCUUAAUGUCAUCUGCAUGUUUUCAUCAUGGGUUCCCGAGCAGACUCAUUUCUCUCUUCCCAUCAAGGAAGAGAAUCUCUGGAUGUUGAAGAUAGUGUUUCAGCAUGGAAAUCCCUGUUUCCGUGGUUGAGUAAUAAACAUUAUUUUU